CGCAUUUGGGUUGGACGCGCCCACCACAGCUCACCUGCUCCACGCGCUCUUUCCGAAACUUAAACAAUUUUAAUGCACGCUUAGGCCCCCGCAGCCUGCACAUUCCUUUCCAGAACAUAAUUAAUCACAGCGCGGCAGGCGCAAUCCGGCGCCGCACCCAACGAGCAGCUACACGACCAAUGGUCCUGCCCUCGACAGCAACCUACGAUCGACGAAUCCUGCGGGUGCGCGCGCACCGCGAGAGAGCCGGGGAGCUGGACGAGCAGCGCUGAGCUGCCCAGUAUCCCAUCAUGGCGUCGCAUCCCAACUUCGAGGCCAUGGCCGCGAAGCUUAGUGACCCGAGUCCAGAUCACAGAGUCAAACUGGCCCAGGCCAUAGACAUACGGGACAACAUCGAGACAUACUGCCAGGGCCAGCAGUAUGGCGCCUUCUUGAACCACAUGGUGCCCUUAUUUCUCAAGGUUCUCGAUGGCACGCCCGUCUUCAUAUCUACGUCUCCGGACCAGCGGCUCCGGAACUGCGUCCUCGAGAUUCUGCACCGACUGCCCAUGAGCCCACCGGACGCGCUCGAACCACACGCUGCGAAAAUUGUGGACAAGCUGAUGGCUUUGGUGAGGGAGGAGAACGAGGACAACGCGGUGCUGUGCAUGAAGACUGUCAUGGACUUCCUGCGACACCAGACGAAAGUGCUGCAGGACAAGGUGCAGCAGUUCUUGGAUCUGAUCCAAGAGAUGUUCGAGACCAUGGAACAAGCUGUACAAGACACCUUUGACAACGCGACGCCGGCCCCGUCAGGACAGGGCGUGCCGUCCACGCCGAGCAACCACCAGUAUUCCCAAUCUCCACGGCCAGGCUCACCCGCAACAUCCCUGACCACGGGGCCCGCCGGCGACAUCAACGCUGAGCAGACGCGCAUGCUGCUCAAAGGCACACAUUCGUUCAAGGUGCUCGCAGAGUGUCCCAUAAUAGUCGUCUCGCUCUUCCAGGCCUACCGGAACGUGGUGAAUCGGAACGUCAAGCAGUUCGUUCCGCUCAUCAAGAACGUGCUGAUGAUCCAGGCGAAGCCGCAAGAGAAGGCGCAUCAAGAAGCCGAGGCCCAGGGCAAAAUCUUCACUGGGGUGAGCAAAGAGAUACGCAACAGGGCUGCCUUCGGCGAUUUCAUUACGGCCCAAGUGAAGACGAUGAGCUUCCUGGCGUACCUGCUACGAGUGUAUGCGCAGCAACUCAACGACUUCCUGCCGACGCUCCCCGACAUCGUAGUGCGGUUGCUGAAGGAUUGCCCACGCGAGAAAUCCAGCUCCCGGAAAGAGCUUCUGGUGGCUAUUAGACACAUCAUCAAUUUCAACUUCCGGAAGAUCUUCUUGAAGAAGAUAGACCAGCUUCUGGACGAAAGGACACUGAUAGGCGAUGGACUCACCGUCUACGAGACCAUGCGACCACUCGCCUACAGCAUGCUGGCCGACUUGAUUCACCACCUCCGCGAUUCUCUCAGUAAGGAGCAGAUAAGACGCACCAUCGAGGUCUAUACCAAGAACCUCCACGACACAUUUCCUGGGACAAGCUUUCAGACCAUGAGCGCGAAGCUGUUGUUGAACAUGGCUGAGUGCAUUGCGAAGCUCGAACCGAAAGAGGACGCUCGAUAUUUCCUGAUUAUGAUACUGAAUGCCAUAGGUGAUAAGUUUGCGGCUAUGAACCGUCAGUAUCACAAUGCCGUGAAGGUUUCUGCAGCAUACAGUACACCCUCCAUCGAUGCGGUAGAAGAGAACCAUUUGGCCGUACCCGACCAGCUCCCUGACUGGGAUGAGAUCGAUAUCUUCAACGCAACGCCCAUCAAGACAUCAAAUCCGCGGGAGCGCAGCUCGGAUCCGAUUGCCGACAAUAAGUUUUUGUUCAAGAAUCUUCUUCAUGGGUUGAAGAAUCUGUUUUACCAACUACGGGCUUGCAAUCCACAGAAAAUCAAGGAUGAGAUCGACGCUGCGAAUGCAUCAGCGAACUGGCACGAGGUCUCUUACGGUUACAAUGCAGAGGAAGUGGAGGUUUUGAUCAAGCUCUUCAGGGAGGGCGCGAAGGUCUUCCGAUACUACGGUACCGAUAAGCCGUCAGAGACCAAGGGCCUUUCUCCGGCAGAUCUUAUGGCGAACCAGCACAUGAUGUCAAGCGGGAAAGAAGAGAAGGAGCUGCUGGAAACAUUUGCAACUGUCUUCCACCACAUCGAUCCCGCCACUUUUCACGAAGUCUUCUCAUCGGAGAUCCCCCAUCUGUACGACAUGAUGUUCGAGCAUCCUGCUUUGCUCCACGUGCCGCAGUUCUUGCUCGCAUCGGAAGCCACCUCACCGAGCUUUGCUGGCAUGUUAUUACAAUUCCUGAUGGACCGUAUCGAAGAAGUCGGUACAUCAGACGUCACGAAAUCUUCUAUUCUGCUUCGUCUCUUCAAGCUAUCGUUCAUGGCCGUCACCCUUUUCUCUGCUCAAAAUGAACAAGUGCUGUUACCGCACGUCAGCAAGAUCAUCACCAAGUCCAUCCAGUUGUCUACUACCGCAGAAGAGCCAAUGAACUAUUUCUUCCUUCUCAGGUCGCUGUUCAGAAGUAUAGGCGGCGGUCGAUUCGAGCAUCUGUACAAGGAGAUACUUCCUCUCCUGGAAAUGCUUUUGGAUGUUCUGAACAACCUCCUACUCACUGCGCGGAAACCAGCCGACAGGGAUCUCUUUGUUGAGCUCUCCUUGACCGUACCGGCCCGGCUUAGCAACCUUUUGCCGCAUCUGAGCUACCUCAUGAGACCCCUGGUUGUAGCAUUGCGCGCAGGCUCAGAGCUUGUUGGACAAGGGUUGAGGACACUGGAAUUGUGUGUCGAUAAUCUCACGGCGGACUAUCUUGAUCCAAUCAUGGCACCCGUGAUUGAUGAUCUGAUGGCCGCUCUCUGGGAGCACUUGAAACCCCAGCCAUACAGCCAUUUUCACGCACACACCACGAUGAGGAUACUUGGUAAGCUAGGCGGCCGUAAUCGCAAGUUCAUUACCGGUCCACCUCAACUGAACUACAAGCCAUACUCCGACGACGCAGCGUCCGUUGACAUCCGCCUCAUUGGUUCCACCAAGGAUCGCGCAUUUCCAGCUGUCAUAGGCAUCGACACGGCUAUAGCGAAGCUUCACGAACUCCCUAAGCUUCCUGCGGCAAAGAAAUCCGAUCCUUUUCAUAAACAACAAGCUUUUAGGCUCAUCACGUCUCACACUAAGCUUCUUGUGGGUUUCGACAACCUGCCCGAUGACUUCGCGCAGCUCAUUCGGCUGCAAGCCAACGAUUUGUGCAACAAGAAGACAGAUGCCGGGGCGGAUUUAAUGACACUGUCUGAGCGUAGCAAGUCCGUCGUCAAGAAGGGUGUUGAGCAGGAGACCUUGAAGAAGCUUCUCAAAGCAUGCAUCUUCGCAAUUUCCAUCACUGAUCUGAAAGUUGACGCAGACGCCUUGGUGACGAACCUUGCGAAACAUUUUACUCUCUUAGAGUUAGGGAUGCACUUUGCGCAUGAAAAGCAUAAGGGAAGGCCAUUUGACGUUCAUUCAGGGGAGGGUCCGGUCACGAUAGACACUGAUGUGUUCUCCGACGCUCUCGGCGAUUCCCUUGCAUCCGAGCAUCAGACUGUCCGCGACGCCGCUGAGCAAGCCAUCAUCACGAUGCGCGAUACCGCAACAAUAAUCUUCGGAAGUCAGGAAAAGUUGGACAAUUUUCCCUUCUUCGAAGAGCUCUCCAAGACCUUCAUCCACAACUGCUACGCCGAUGACUGGUUUAUGAAGUCCGGAGGCACUCACGGUAUCGAGAUCGUCAUCAAGAAACUGGGACUGGGCGAUACAUGGAUGCAGAAUCGACAUCUGGAGCUUAUCCGGGCACUUACUUUUGUCAUGAAGGACAUGCCCACCGACCUAGACUCCAAGACGCGCAUCCAGGCGCAAGGCCUCGUAGAAGACUUGAUCCGGCGAUGCUACAAAUCUGCCACGGAGGAAGAAUGCAAGAAAGUGGGAGGUCCUCUGCACAGGAUCUGCGGACAACUUGUCGCCGAUUUGUCCCACAUGAACAAAAAUGUGCGGGAAGCUACGCAGAAAGCAUUCCAAGUCCUUUCCGAAGUGACCGGUCGGGCUGUACAUGAGCUGAUCAAGCCAGUUAAGGAACGCCUGAUCGUGCCGAUUUGGACGAAGCCCCUUCGCGCCCUUCCAUUCAGCAUUCAAAUCGCGUAUAUCGACGCGAUUACCUUCCUAUUGAAGCUCAAGAACAACAUCCUUGAGUUCAACGAGCAACUUACCAGGCUCCUCAUGGAGUCCCUCGCGCUGGCUGAUGCAGAAGACGAAGGUCUCGCCACCAAGCCUUUCGAGCAACGAAAUGCCGAGCACAUCGUCAAUCUACGAGUCGCUUGUAUUCGUCUUCUUUCCACCGCUCAAACCUUUCCGGAGUUCAGCACUACACCUCCAAAUCAGACGGUCAUCCGAAUCAUUGGCGUGUUCUUCAAAUGUCUUUACUCGAAGUCUCCCGAGGUUAUUGAAGCUGCCAACGCUGGCCUUUCUGGUGUGAUAUCAGCAACGAACAAGCUUCCGAAAGAUGUACUGCAGAGUGGCCUCAGGCCGAUACUGGUCAACCUCCAGGAUCCCCGAAAACUAUCUGUCGAGAAUUUGGAUGGAUUGGCUCGCCUUCUUAAACUACUUACCAAUUAUUUCAAGGUUGAGAUCGGUACCCGACUGCUAGAUCACCUCAAGAACAUCGCAGAUCCGGUUAGUCUACAGAAGAUAUCGUUCACUAUGAUCGAGCAGAACCCAAAGAUGAAGAUAGUAACGGCAAUAUUCAACGUCUUUCAUCUGUUACCUCCGGCAGCCAUCAGUUUCCUCAAGCAGCUUAUCGAGAAAGUCAUCGAGCUGGAAACAGCCCUGCGUCGAACUCACUAUAGCCCGUUCCGGGAACCGCUGAUCAAGUACUUGUGUAUGUAUCCCAAGGAGGCUUGGGAGCACUUUUCUCCGAGUAUGAAAGAUGAGACGCAGGGAAGGUUCUUUGCGCAAUUGCUUGAGAACCCGGAGAGCGGCGCUUUGCGCGAGGAGCUGAUGAAGGACAUUCCCAAGUUCAUUGCUUCUUUCGAAAUCGAUGGGUCAGAGAAAGAGAAGUACCAGGCGCAACUCAACGCUAUCCACGUUGCAUAUGCGAUGAGCCAGUUCAAGGAAACAUGCGAAUGGCUUGUGGGCAAGGAGGACCUGAGGAAAGCUCUGUUUGAAGCUGCACGUUCCUUGGAGAAAGCCCUUCGGCAGAACACCGUCGACCCUACGUUGCGACUCGCGACAGAACAGGCUGGCGAACAGAUCAUGACCGUGUUUACCACCUACUUGCGAUACGAUCCAGACAACAUUGACUUCUUCUUUGAGCUCAUCGACGCGGUAACUUCUGAUGACUUCAAGGCUCAUCCAAUACUGUUCGACUUCAUCUACGAACAGAUGGUGUCAAACGAGUCUGUGGAUUAUUGGAAGGCACUGGUACACAAGUGUAUCGAUCUCUAUACUGGGCGCACUUCCUCGCAAAAGACGAAGACGUUCAUCUUCCGAUAUAUUGUCAAUCCCAUCUUUGCGAUGGAUGCCAAGCGCAAUUGGGACACCUUGUUCGGCAACGAAGCCAACAAGGGAACAAAGUUGGUGGACCGCAACAUGACUGAUACGAUACACAAUAGGCUAUGGAAACCGCAAGCGUUGAUCGACACAUCAGAGGAGAGCGCUCAACUUGGUGUCGAUCACUCGCGCAUGGAACUACUCCAACUUACGACACUACUCCUGAAGCAUUAUUCAAGUGUGAUUCAGGAAACUCGAAAGGACAUUAUCCGGUUUGCAUGGGCGUAUAUUCGACUGGAAGAUGUCAUUAACAAGUACGCCGCUUACGUGGUGAUUGCGUUCUUCAUAGCGGUGUACGACACGCCCUUCAAGAUCGCUAGCCAGGUCUAUCAGACACUUCUCAAAGCCCAUCAGAAUGAGGGCAAAGCGCUUGUCAUGCAAUCGCUGGAGCUGAUGGCACCGGUCCUGAAGAAGCGUCUUGGUGGGGCAGAUCAAAAGUUUGCGAUCCCAAGAUGGGCUCAGAUCCCCCGGAAAAUUCUGUCGGAGGAAAGUUCAAACCUGCAACAAUUGAUGAGCAUCUUCAAUUUCCUAGUGCGACAUCCGGACCUUUUCUAUGAGGCUCGCGAGCCCCUUUCUGCGAUCAUCAUUGCAGCAUUACCGAAGAUUGCCCAGCCGCCGAACCCGUCUACGGAGGCAAAGAAGCUCGCUUUGAAUUUGAUUAGCCUGAUCAGGACCUGGGAAGAGCGAGCUGCGAAUGAAGCAGCACAUGGCACGGAUCGCUCUUCGCAAUCCCCACAAGCGUCCAAGAGGCGAGCAGACGGUUCCAUUGUGCCUCCCACUUCUGCCAAGGGUUUCGUGGCUGCGCCUGGCAUUCGCAUGAUGCUCGUCAAAUAUCUCAUUUCAUUCAUUGCCUAUCUUCCGGAACGCUACCCCGUGGCAACACCCAAACCCAAGGACACGCCAGCCAUGCCUCCCACCAAUCCACAACCCGCCGAAAUUUGCCGGAAAGCUGUGCAGCUCCUACAUGAUCUUUUGUCCCCGCGCCUCUGGAACGAUCUUGAACUGGACCUCAUUCUUACCAAGAAACUGGAAGAGAUAUUGAUCUUGGAGAUGAAGCAGGAUGACAAGCAGGAGGUAUUCACCACUCGGAUGAUCAAUUCUUUAGAGAUCGUCAAGGUUAUUGUUAACGUAAAGCCUGAUGAUUGGGUGCUUCAACGCGUGCCGCAGUUCCAACGGAUGCUGGAGAAACCUCUUCGAUCCGAGCACGCCGAUGUGCAGGCCAGCCUACAGGCCGCAGACGAAGGCGAGGACGGCGCUUCGAGACUACAACCUACCUUGAAACGCAUUCUCGGCGUCAUGCCAGAACCUAUUAAGGACGAGGAGGGCAACACGGAAGAGACACCUUCGACUAGCUUUGUGGGCCUGCUUGGCACGAUUGCUACAGAGGCCCUAUCGAACGGUUCAAACAUUUGUGCUAUCAACAUCUUGUGGACGCUCUGCCAGAAGCAGCCGGAAGAGAUCGAUCAGCAUAUUCCACAGCUUAUGAAAGCUUUCCAGGGGAAGAUGGCAAAGGAUCAUCUCACGACCAAUAAUGGCCAACCUGGCCAGCCCCCCGUCCCACCUGGUACCCGGCCUGACAGCGCUACUCCACCACUAGAUCCCCGUGAGGCAGAGAUCCAGACCGACCUAGUGCUCAAAGUUGUGGAUAUCCUAGCUGCCCGGAUGAACGAGCUCGGCGAGAAUCGUCGGCCGUAUCUUAGUGUGCUUGCGUCCUUGGUUGAACGAUCUCAAAGUACUGCGGUGUGUACCAAAGUGCUCGAUCUCGUGGAGGAGUGGAUAUUUGUCUCUAACGAGCCUGUUCCGACACUUAAAGAGAAGACGGCGGUGCUCAGCAAGAUGCUUCUCUUCGAACACCGUCCGGAUACGUCGCUCCUCAACCGCUUCCUUGAUCUUGUCAUUCGUAUCUACGAGGAUCCGAAGAUAACGCGCUCAGAGUUGACAGUCCGAAUGGAGCAUGCCUUCCUCAUCGGCACCAGAGCCCAAGAUGUAGAAAUGCGCAACCGUUACAUGACUAUUUUCGAUAAGAGCUUAAGCCGUACCGCAGCAAGCAGACUCAGCUACGUUCUUGCUUCUCAGAACUGGGAUACUCUCGCCGAUAGCUACUGGCUAAGCCAAGUUAUUCACCUGAUGUUUGGCUCAGUCGAAAUGAACACCCAAGCACAACUUCAUCCUGAGGACUUCCGACUACCGCAGAACUCUUUGGUCUUUGGCACCUACAGCAGAGAUUCUCGCAUCUCCGACGUCAUGGUUGAUGAUGAGCUCGACAAUCUUGUCGCUGGCCACCGUCGCUUCUGCAACCAGCUCGGCGAUAUCAAGAUCAAGGACCUAUUUGAGCCUCUAGGGCACCUCCAACACAUGGACAGUAACCUUGCACAUGAUAUAUGGGUUGCGUUCUUCCCGCUUGCCUGGACUGCUCUCACAAAGGACGACCAGAGCGACCUUGAGAAGGGCAUUGCCGCGUUGCUGACCAAAGACUAUCACUCUCGCCAGCUCGACAAGCGCCCGAAUUGCGUCGCAAGUAUGUUGGAUGCCAUCGUGCACGCAAGACCUCGUGUCAAGUUCCCACCUCAUAUCAUGAAGUAUCUUGCUCGUUCGUACAACGCUUGGUAUACUGGCGCUGUGUAUAUGGAAGAGUCAGCAGUCAAUCCCAUCGUCGAUACCGAGAAGCUCAGAGAAAGCAAUCUUGACGCGUUGCUCGAGAUCUAUACCGGCAUGCAAGAAGACGACUUGUUUUAUGGCACAUGGCGCAGGAGAUGCCAGUUCAUCGAGACUAACGCCGCGCUAUCGUACGAGCAGAUCGGAAUCUGGGAUAAGGCCCAGCAGAUGUACGAAGCUGCCCAGAUCAAGGCUCGGACUAGUGUUCUACCAUUUUCUACGGGCGAAUAUAUGCUUUGGGAGGAUCACUGGGUUCUCUGCGCUCAAAAGCUGCAGCAGUGGGAGGUUUUGAGCGACUUUGCCAAACACGAAAACUUCAACGACCUAUACCUGGAAGCGACCUGGAGGCACUUCGAAGCGUGGCAGAAUUCUGAACAACGAGAACAGCUUGAUGCGACCAUCAAAGCUGUCAGCGACGCACCAACGCCGCGACGAGUUUUCUUUCAGACAUUCAUAUCACUGCUUAAGCUGCAUUCUAAGCAGGAAACCCAGCCGGAGUUUCACAGGCUAUGCGAUGAGUCAAUCCAGCUCUCUAUAAGAAAGUGGCACCAGUUGCCUCGUCGCAUCACUCAAGCGCAUAUUCCACUCUUACAGCAUUUCCAACAAUUAGUCGAACUUCAUGAUGCGAGUGUGAUCUGCCAGAGCCUUGCGCAGACGACUCAGGCCAACCUUGAUCACAAGUCGCAAGAACUCAAACUAUUGCUGUCCACUUGGCGCGACCGCUUACCAAACUUCUGGGACGACAUCAACGCAUGGCAGGAUCUGGUCACCUGGCGUCAGCACAUCUUCCACCUCAUAAACGGGGUCUACUUGCAGCUGCUUCCCCCCAAUCCUAGCAAUCCUAGCGGUAAUUCAUUCGCAUAUCGUGGGUACCACGAGACUGCCUGGAUUAUCAACCGCUUUGCCCACGUCGCUCGGAAGCACAACCUUCCAGACGUCUGUAUCCAGCAGCUCAGCCGCAUAUACACCCUCCCUAACAUCGAAAUCCAGGAAGCUUUCUUGAAAUUGCGCGAGCAAGCGAAGUGUCAUUACCAGAACAAAUCAGAGUUGAACAAUGGUCUAGAUGUUAUUAACAACACCAAUCUCAACUACUUUGGUAAUCAGCAGAAGGCUGAAUUCUAUACUCUCAAGGGGAUGUUCCUCGCGAAGCUUGGUCAGAGCAAUGACUCCAACGAUGCGUUCGGUACAGCUAUGAUCUUUGAUCUAAAGUUGCCAAAGGCAUGGGCUGAAUGGGGUCGCUACAACGACAUGCUCUUCAAGGAAGAUCCUUCGACCCUGGACAAGGCUGAGGCUGCUUUGAGCUGCUAUCUGGAAGCGGCCAGUCUGUACAAGAACGCGAAGUCUAGGAAACUCUUAGGUCGGGUGCUUUGGCUACUCAGCCUGGACAACCCUGAGCGGCGUCUCGCAGAGAAGUUUGAGGCGUUCCAAGGUGAUACGCCGGCAUGGUAUUGGAUCACGUUCAUUCCGCAGCUGCUCAAUAGCUUGUCGAGGCCCGAAGCUCCUAUCGCUCGUUCCAUCCUCGGGAAACUGGCCAAGACAUAUCCUCAGGCGCUUUACUGCCAUCUUAGGACGACUAGGGAAGACAUGGUCACUCUCAAGAAAACCCACGAGCAAAAGGAGAAGGCAGCCAAGCAGAAGCAGCAACAGUCUCAAGGUGUUCAAGGAACCCCAGGUGCCCAGGGAUCACCAGCUCCAAAGCAAAGCUCUCCCGACAAUCGUCCUGGAUCAAGUGCAAGCGGAAAUCGACCUGCGUCUGCGAACGGCGAAGCCAAACCUGCCACCAAUGGCAGCACUGGAACGGUCAAGGCCGAAGUGACCGCGCAAGACGCAUCGAAUGGAACGACUACCGAAGAGACCAAACCACCAACCCUCAAACGACCCUGGGACCAUGUGGAAGAGAUAUCGGCAAUUCUCAAGACGGCUUUCCCGCUUUUGGCGCUUUCAAUGGAGACGAUGCUCGAUCAGAUCCAAAAGAACUUCAAGUGUCCUCCGGAUGAGGAUGCUUAUCGAUUGAUCGUCGCUCUGUUGAACGAUGGUCUAGCAUAUGUUGGUCGUUCUCCUGGCCUCUACGGGCAGGAGGUCAGACUUCCCUCGUCCACUGAGGCUAACAUAACACGUUUUGCCGAGUCCGUACUACCGCCACACAUCCGCAAAGCUUUCGAGCUUGAUUUUGUCACCAACAAACCCACCAUGUAUGAAUACAUCCAGAAACUACGUAUGUGGCGGAACAGGUUUGAAGAGCGCCUCGAUCGUAGGAGGCUCGUCGUCCCUCUCGAAUCGUACACCCAGCAGCUCAGUGAAUUCCGCUUCCUCAAGUUCGAUGAUGUGGAAGUUCCAGGCCAAUACUUGCAGCAUCGGGACAAGAACUCUGAUUUCGUUCGGAUUGAACGUUUCCUGCCAGAUGUCGACGUAGUGCGUGGCAUCGGUAUAUGCCACCGUCGACUCAAGAUACGCGGUCACGAUGGAAGCAUCCAUCCGUUCGCCAUACAAUUCCCUGCACAGAGAAGCUCCAGGAGAGAAGAACGUAUUCUGCAACUUUUCAGAAUCUUCAAUGGCAUCCUCUCGAAACGUAAAGAGAGCCGAAGGCGGAACCUGCAAUUUCAUCUCCCUCUCAUGGUGCCUAUUACACCAGUUGUGCGCAUGGUACAGGACGACGCUUCUUAUAUCAGCAUGCAAGGUAUUUUUGAAGACUACUGUCGGAGAAACAGCCUUAACAAGGACGAACCUGUUUUGUUUAGUCUGGAGAAGCUCAAGGCUCUCAAUCCUAAAAACAUCGAACAUGCCAACAGCAUUCGCUUCGAAACCUUUGCCGCUGUGCAAGAAAAAUAUGUGCCGCAGACCCUCCUCCUGGACUACUUCCGCAGCACAUAUCCAGUCUUCGAGGACUUCUGGCUGUUCCGUCGCACCUUCAGUUAUCAGCUUGCUGCGCUGACAUUCAUGACGUACGUCAUGCACAUGAAUUCGCGCUUCCCUCACAAAAUCAGCAUCUCGCGCGGCAGCGGGCGUGUCUGGGGCUCCGAGCUCAUCCCUUCCAUGGCAGUUGGAAAGCCGAUCCUGCACAACAGCGAGCCGGUGCCUUUCCGUCUCACGCCGAAUAUGCAGACCCUGAUGGGCCCUCUUGCACUCGAAGGUAUCUUCGCACCUUCUGUCAUGAGCAUUGCGCGGUGCCUUAUCGAACCUGAGGGCGAGCUGGAGAUGCAGCUCGCCAUCUUCAUGCGCGAUGAGAUGAAUCACUGGUUCACCAGCCAGCACAAGGGGUUGACAGCCGAGAGCCUACGGGAAACGGUGCAAACGAAUAGUGAUCUGGUUGUCAAGCGGGCCACGAGUAUGGGCAGUCUGCCACAGACGAGCAACUUGCCGGCGAACCAGACGAUGGUGGAUUUGGUCAGUACUGCGGUCAAUCCGCUGAAGCUAUGCCAGACGGAUGCGCUGUGGAUGGCGUAUCUUUAAGGACGAGACAGGGAGAUUUUGUACUAUGUGCCAUAUGGAUCAGGUCGGAGUUUUGGUUUUGUGGUGAUCGUGGCAUUCAUAGAUCGUGGUAUUGCUAGCAUGGCGCUCACGCGGCGCAAUAUGGCCUCUUUGAAAGGGCAGUUAGUUUGGUGGAUUGUUAGAGAUGCCCGAUUUGAUUAAGUUUGUAGUAGAUAGUUGAUCAUUUAUACCAGGACUGAUCAGCAGAUCAAUGCAGCCC